GGAUCAACUGUACACACAGCUGAUUACUUCACUUCAGACACCCAACUGACAUUUCAUGUUUCUGUUUUCUGUUCAUGUGUAGCGCAAGCAGCAUCUAAUAAAGUGUGUUAUGACUGUUGCCCGCUUUGCGAGAAAGUACGGAGCUGUUAUAUUCUUCCCCACAUUUACUGUGACAACAAUUUUGGCCGACUGGACGCACACUCAAGCCUGGAAAAAACAACAACGCAAACUUGCGAAGGAAAGUGAAUUGUUAACGGAUUAG